AUGGAAUCCUCUGAUUUGACCGCACCAAACGCCAGGCAGGCCAACGCCUCGUCUCCCACGCAUCGAUCUUCAUCCCCUCAUUCGUCUCACAAUGAGCCACGCCGCAUGUCUCCCCUCAGCGCAAAGCGUCAAGCGGCCGCCGUUCCUGGCCAGCGCCAAUCGCACCCGGUCAACGAGGCCACCCCGAUCGUGAGCAACUCCGACACAUCUCGGCGAAACUAUCAUUCUACCGAUGGACUGAGGAACAGGGACUCGGGAACCGUGAAUGGUCAUCCCGACAACCCGGCACAUCAGGCCUCACGAGACCCCGAUCAGCAAAACCCCCAGCCUGACUCAGAAGAACACCGCGGUUCGUGGUACAGCCGCAUUGCAGAUAGAUAUGGAAGCCUAGAACUGGAGAAUAAGGGCAGUGUUGCCCGGGAUCAUCUGGCUCUGGAACGGACAUUUCUCGCAUGGCUGAGGACUUCGCUGGCAUUCGCAUCGAUUGGAAUUGCAGUAACUCAGUUAUUCCGUUUGAACAGUGCUGGCUCCAGUACGAAUACUGCAGAUUUCACAGCUCAAGGCUUCUCUCCGCUCUUGUCAUCUCCCGCAUAUGAUCCCGCGGCAAUCCGGAUAACAUCGGCUUCGUCACGCCUUCGGAGUAUCGGUAAGCCGUUAGGGACCACAUUCAUUGGGGUUGCUAUCUUGAUUUUACUCGUUGGAUUCCACCGCUACUUUGAAAGCCAGUACUGGAUUAUCAGGGGCAAGUUUCCUGCUAGCCGCGGUAGUGUUGCAUUGACUGCAUUCGUCGCUGCAGGUCUAAUCAUCACAGCUCUGGUUGUCAUUCUCGCCAUUUCCCCGGGCGCUGUUGAGGCCUAG